AUGGCCGCAGAAGGCGCAACCGCACCGUCACCGGUGCCAAAUGAGAACACCCCAGGCCGAAAACCGUUCUCAGAACUCGAGCUCUCAGAUGCGACGACGAAGGCGCUCGCCAAUAUGGGAUUCACGACAAUGACACCCAUUCAGGAGAAAUCUAUUCCUCCUCUAUUGGCCGGCAAGGAUGUGUUGGGUGCUGCGAGGACGGGGUCCGGGAAGACGUUAGCGUUCCUUAUCCCUGCCAUAGAGUUAUUACACAGGAUGAAGUUCAAGCCCCGGAAUGGAACUGGUAUCAUUAUUGUUUCCCCAACCCGAGAGCUCGCCUUGCAGAUCUUCGGAGUCGCGAAGGAGCUCAUGGCACAUCACUCGCAGACCUUCGGUAUCGUUAUGGGCGGCGCAAACACCAGAGGAGAAGUAGACAGGCUGCAAAAAGGUGUCAACCUGCUUGUUGCGACGCCCGGACGACUGCUCGAUCACCUACAGAACACGAAGGGCUUUGUGUUCAGAAAUCUGAAGGUGCUCGUGAUCGACGAGGCGGAUCGGAUAUUGGAGGUCGGCUUCGAGGAGCAGAUGAAGAAGAUUAUUUCUAUCCUGCCCAACGAAAAUCGACAAUCCAUGCUCUUCUCCGCAACCCAAACGACAAAGGUCACGGACCUCGCACGGAUGUCGCUGCGACCUGGCCCACUAUACAUCGACGUGGAUAAGACAGAGCUCACAAGUACUGUCGCGACACUGUCUCAGGGAUAUGUUGUCUGCCCCUCGGACCAUCGAUUCCUAUUACUGUUCACCUUUCUCAACAAGUACAGGAAGAAGAAGGUCGUGGUCUUCUUCUCCAGUUGCAAUUCUGUGAAAUACCACGCAGAGCUGCUAAAUUAUAUUGACGUCCCCGUACUCGACCUGCACGGUAAACAAAAACAACAAAAACGAACGACCACGUUCUUCGAGUUCUGCAACGCAGAAUCCGGCACCCUCCUCUGCACAGACGUCGCAGCACGAGGACUAGAUAUCCAGGGCGUCGAUUGGAUCAUUCAGUACGACCCACCGGACGACCCGCGAGACUACAUCCACCGUGUCGGCCGGACAGCGCGCGCAGGGAAGGUAGGCAAGAGUCUGAUGUUCCUGCUCCCAAGCGAGCUCGGGUUCCUGCGAUACCUGAAGGACGCGAAGGUGCCUCUGAACGAGUUCAGCUUCCCCGCCAACCAAAUCAAGAACGUGCAGUCACAGUUGGAGAAGUUGUUACACAAGAACUACUUCCUGCACCAGUCCGCGCGGGAUGGCUACCGGUCAUACCUGCAGGCGUACGCGUCGUAUUCGCUGAAGAAGAUCUUCGACGUGAACCAGCUCGAUCUCGCGAAGGUGGGCAAGGCGUUUGGGUUCUCGGUGCCUCCACGCGUGAACGUCAGCAUUGGCGGUGGGAAGGGGGGUGGGGGGAGGACAGGGAAGAAGCGGAAGCGGAGCGAGGACGACGGGGAUGGGAACGAUGAAAUCUGGGAGGAGAUUGAUGCCGCAAACAAGGAGGAGGGUGAUGGGGAAGGUUCUGAGAACGGCGAGGAGCGCGUUCCCCGGAACCAGAUGCGGCGAAAUGGGAAGGAGAGAGGGAAGGAGACGCUGGGGCGCCAGAAGGUGGAGAAGGAGGUGUACAGGAAGGGAAUGCAGAACAGGAAGCGGAAGGGAGCAAGCUGGAGCCGGUGA